UCAGACGAGCAGUGUUGGAGGAUCAUGGCGGAGCGCAGGAGGCAUAAGAAACGGAUCCAGGAGGUGAGCGAGCCCACCAAGGAGGAGAAGGCAGUGGCCAAGUUCCUCCGUUUCAACUGCCCCACCAAAUCCACUAACAUGAUGGGCCAUCGGGUGGACUACUUCAUCGCCUCCAAGGCAGUAGACUGUCUGCUGGACUCCAAGUGGGCCAAGGCCAAGAAGGGAGAGGAGGCUGUGUUCACCACCAGAGACUCUGUGGUGGACUACUGCAAUAGGCUACUGAAGAAGCAGUUCUUCCACCGCGCACUGAAAGUCAUGAAGAAGAAGCCAGAGAAGGACAUCAAGAAAGAUAAGGAGAAAGAGAAAGAAAAGGAGAAGGCUAAGGGCGACAGCGGCAAGGAGGAGGAGAAGAAGGGGAAGAAAGAGAAGAAGGAUUCCAAGGAUGCCGAGGCUUCAGAUGCAAAGAAGGAGAAGAGUGAUGAUAGCCCCGGAAUGCCAAAGAAGAAAAAAGAUGCCAAGAAGAAGUUCAAACUGGAGCCUCAUGAGGACCAGCUCUUCCUGGAUGGGAAUGAGGUGUUUGUUUGGAUCUAUGAUCCAGUCCAUUUUAAAACCUUUGCCAUGGGACUGAUUCUGGUAAUUGCAGUGAUUGCGGCCACUCUUUUCCCACUGUGGCCGGCUGAGAUGCGUGUGGGUGUGUACUACCUGAGCGUGGCAGCAGGCUGUUUCGUGGCCAGUAUACUGCUGUUAGCUGUUGCUCGUUGCAUCCUGUUCCUGAUCAUCUGGCUGGUGACGGGCGGUCGCCACCACUUCUGGUUCCUGCCCAACCUGACUGCCGACGUGGGCUUCAUCGACUCCUUCCGCCCGCUCUACACGCACGAGUACAAGGGCCCACGGGGCUGCAGCAAGAAGAGCCCGGACAAGACAGAAGGCAAGACCACCGAUGCAGACGCAGCCAAGGCCCAGAAGUCGGACAGCGAGGAGAAGGGUGAUGGUGGGGAGGAAGAGGAGGAAGGAGAGGUGGAGCGAGAAGAGGGUGAGGGCACAGCGCCGAAAGGGACGGAAGAAAGCGAGGUGACUGAGGCGGCGGGGACGUUGACGAGCGCCGCCGAGCGCCACUCGGACACGGACAGCGACCGCCGGGAGGACGAGGGCUCGCAGCACAGCAACGGAAACGACUUUGAGAUGAUCACCCGCGAAGAGCUGGAGCAGCACACGGAAGGGGAAGGAGAGGGGGAAAGAGGAGUGGAGGAAAAGGGAGACGGUGAGGCAAAGCCCUUGUCUGUUCAAACAUAAACAUUAUCACUACCACCACCUUCUCCUCCUCUGAAGGAUCUCCUCCAGGUCCUCUCUCAACCUCGCUGAGGAGACACCUCCCCAUCUUGUCUGCUCCGAUCUUCCACUAACUAUACUGUACCACGUCUGUCUUGGUAUUGACACCGGUGAAACGAAGCAAACGGCUAUGACAAUGGAAAAGAGAAGAGAGAAGAAAAAAAACGCCUUAUUGUGGUUCUGAAAUGAUUUCAACUGAGAAAUGCAAACUAACUUAACAGACGUGCUUGUCUGAGGAAGUUGUCACGAUAGUUCUCCCGAUGUUUUCCCAAUUUUUUUGGUACUUACGUUAUGACUUUAUCCCAUAUCAUCCUAGUUCAGAAAGACUCAUCUGCUCUACAUGUUAUGUGUACAAUGGUCACUUGUAUGUCUUGUUUUUGUACGUGAGGCAAAGUUUAGUCCAUCUCCACAGAUGAGGGAAUUAUAGAACUAUGGCAUCCUUGUUUUGCCAGGAGAAAUACUGCCAUCUUCUCUACCUGUCCCUCAAAUCCUGACUGUGGUCUUAUGAAAGAUGUGUGAUUGGCACAAUCAAAGUUAAGUUAAGCCCAGUGUUGUGUCCAGGAGGCACGUUUUCCCUACUCAAACCAACCCUUUCCUUUGGACCAUUGUCACACAACUGGGCCAAGUGUCCUGUACUAGCAGUGGCCCUCCUGUACACGGUUCAGCUCUUUUAUUUGGACUAAAGCCAGAAUCUGAUCUCUCAUAGGCAGCCAUCACGUUACAAUUGACCAACCGCUGGCUGCGCCAAUAUAACUAAUCUGGAUGGACCAGAAUCUGUAGUUUCUCCCCCAGCCUAGUUUUUUUUGGCAUUACUUUCUAUUUUCAAUGAGAAAUGCUUGUUUGUAUGGUUGAUAAUGAUCGUGGUGCAGUUCUGCAGUUCUGCACACACACAAAAUCAGAGUUUCGCAAGAGUCAUGUCCAUUACAUAAGAGUAGUGUCCAUGAGCAGUGGGACUCGUUUUAAGUGUAAAACUGAUCAUCUAAAAUAUUCCUUACUAGAAUAACUUUUAUUUGAGGCCACACAUAUGCAGACAGCAAAGAUAGAAUUGAAAAACGGUUUGAGGUUCGUAUGCACCAUUUUAGAAUGAGGCGUCAAGAUGAAAUAGUGCCAAACACGUAAGUUGUUGUUACAAUGCAUGCAGUUUUCAUACGAGAAGACAUGUCAAAAGUGUCAGCAAGGGAUUCUGGUACAAUUAUUCAUUUUUGUAACUAGUGUCAGAUUCCAAACCUUUUGAACGUCAGUUCAACUCGGAUGCCCAUCCUUUCAUGAUUUGCGUUUGUUGCGUUGCCUUCAUUGGUAUUCUAGUCAAGCUAACAGACGACGAUGAAGACCCCUGUGAAUGCAUGGAGACUCCAUUUGAAACCAAAUGGGGUCGUGGUCCAAUUCUCCUCAAUUGUUGCAUUAUGUGGGCUGUGGUCCAAGACUGUCCAUUCGUAAGGUCACAUUUUUUACUCAUAGUGAGGAUAAAAUAGAUAAAUGUAUCAUUUAUAUAAUGAUAUCUAUUGAUAUAUCAAAUGUGUGUGUGUGUGUGUGUGUGUGUGUGUGUGUGUGUGUGUAUAUAUAUAUAUAUAUAUAUACACACACACACACAAACUUAGUCUGAGAGAUUAUGAACCUACUUUGUUCAACCUGAACAGAAACCUUUUUGUUUAGGUUUUUGGUAUCAAGACUUCUUUUCAUAAUUUAUUUGUAUUUUUAUUAAACCUUUUUUGCUAUAAUUUUGACCUCCAAUAGGCAUAUUGUCAAGAGUGUACUGUACUCAAUUGGGUACUUUCAAACACUAGAAAUGUGGGUUAUGUUAUGUGUGGAUCAGAUGGGCUACCUAAUUUUGUUUUAUUUUAUAUUGAUCGAUUUUACACUGUCAUUUCUUUGAAUGUGUGAAGAGUAAUGUAGCUAGUUUGUCCAUUUGUCUACUUACUGUAAGUCACGUAAGAAUAGUGAAUGAUGAAAUAGUGGUUGAGAAACUCAUUGGCAGUGGCUUGCAUAACAUUUAUAUUGCUGUUCCACACAAAAUGCUCUGGGUGGAAAGUUCUCCCCACAGUGGAAUGGUAGAGCAGAACUUGUGAGAGCAAGGGGGGAAAAAGUCACUCGAUGGCUUUGAUAUCACGCACCCUACACAGAUCGACCCAAUGUAGUCGACUGAGGAGUAUCUUCGAGACACUCAUAUCACACUAUUUUGUAGUGCCGGCUUGUUCCUGGUACCAUGCUGGAAGUGUAACCAGACCGGCGGCAGUACAUCUCUGUUCAGGCUCACUAGUGUGAAAAGGGGUACAAGUACUCAGUCUUGCUUUCCUGUUCGAAGAGCAUGUUAACCUCCGAUUUUUAGGCCUCCAACUGGUUUCUUCAUCGACGUGUUUCCCUGAACUCUUCUCAACAGCGUGAAGCUCUUCUACAGGACACGUAUACUACUAACAACUGCACAUCGUGUAGCUUUUUGUCUUUUUCUAAGUAUUUUUGUUUUAAUUGCUUUUCUGUUUCCUGAUGUCUUCUGGAAAGCAAGGUGCCAGUAGCUGUAUUAUGAAUUUUGGCUUUUUCAUGAAAAUCUCGAAUUGUUCUUUUGAGUGUUCUUCGUGCACAGUCUGUUGUAUAUUGUAGUAUUAAACUAUGCUGCUUUUCCCCAUCAAAAUACAUGUUCUAUCUGGUCAAAAUGUCUUUAGUCAUGUAGUUGUUCAUAUUUGGAUCAAUAUCAGAGAGACUGUCUCUUGCAAUAUUUGGAAUAUAAUUGAAUUGUAUAUCUGUAUCUUAUCAUUGCAAUAAAUAUAGAACGCAAUUGA